UGACAAAACUACACCAACUCAAAUAACCAAUCAAUUUUUUAAUGUAAAAAGAUUCAAACUUUGAUGCUUUCUAAUCUCAAAAGGGGUUUUCUUUUCUCAUCAAAAUGCAAUGCACCAGUGACCUAUGUAGCAUUCAUCCAUGUUCUCAUCAUACUUACCUUGUCCCAAACUCAAAAACUAUUUACCUUUCAUCAUCCUUCUCUUGAUUGAAACUUCCCAUGUGGUUGGUGCUGCCAGGGAGUUGGGGUUACCGGAGGAGUAUGUUGUUCCGAGCCACCUCAACUUUUUCCGGUCAGCCCUGAGGGGAAGGCAGAGGCUGCUGUCAUGUGCUGGUGAUCCUGGUGUGUGCUUGGACCGGGAGAGGAAUCCAUGGGGGGGAAGCACCUGCUGUUUUGGAAAGUUCUGCAAAGACACUCUGAGGGAUUCAAAUCAUUGUGGAGCUUGUGGGCAGGCAUGUGGUUAUGGGCUUGUGUGCUGUGAUGGAAAAUGUGUUGAUGUUCAGAAUGAUACCAAUAACUGUGGUUCUUGCUUUCAGGAGUGUCCUGCAAAAAACCGGUGUUCCUUUGCAAUUUGUGGUUAUGGUGAGGCCAAAGAUGUUAUUUGGUACCUUUAUAAUGAAAGGAAGAAACUGUUAAAGGAAAAUUCUGAGCUAAGGAAGCAGUUGAAGCGUAGUCAUGAGGAAGAUGUUGAGCAAACGAGGCAAAGGCAAAGUGUUAGUGUGAACGAGGAGAUAGAGGAAACUGCAACUAAUCAACCAGUGGAAGUUGGUUGUGAGAAACUGUCUAAAAUUGAUAGGGUGGAAAAGAGGAUGCAUGAAAUAGAGAAUUUGUGGGAAAAGAAAAUGCAGACUGCAUUUUGUAAACUUGGAUGUGUAAUUGUCACACUUUGCAUUCUGAAUUUGGCAUUUCUAAACUUUUUGUUUUGGUAGAAUGUUGGAAAUUUGAGUGCGGCUAUGUGUGUUUUUGGGCAUUUCAUGUA